AUGCAACGGAAAAACUGGCCUAAUAUGGGGAAGGCAUCAGGAAACGGAAGAUCAGAGGCUGUGGACAUUCUCGUUCAAAGAAACCUAAAAAACAGGAGAUUUGAAGAGGAAAUAGUCAGCGAUAAUUUCGCACACUGGCUGGGCAGACUUGGAAAUUCAGCGAAACAUCAAAAUGAAGACGCUGUUAAACAACAGCAAGAGAAAAUCAUUAAGAAGAUCAUGAGGGACAAAGGCAAGUCAAGAAAAGCGAUUGCAGUGAGAGAAAUCAAACCUGGAAUCGGCCAAAAUAUUUACCCGGAGGGGUCUACCUGUGGGACGAAGGAUAUGAAAGUAGAGGCUAAAGAUAUAAGUGGGCCAGGUAUGGAUCACGAGUGUGUGUGGGUGCUUGUAUCUGUGCCUGAAGGGGAGGUGACUGGUGACAUAUUUGACCACGGGGAAUACCAGCCAGCACACACAUGA